GCCCUCGCUGAGCUGGCCGUCAUCGUGCCGUGGUAUUGAGCCGAAAGGACGCCUACUCUGUUCUCACCACGCUGGUAGGCCCAUAGUAACCUCGCGCUCUCGCUCCCUCGCCAGAGUUUGAGCUUGGCCGCAUCGUUGCAGGUACCAAGUUCGCCCGACUUGCCGUGUGAUCACCAAGACUGCAUCGCAUUGAGUGCGAGGCAGUGCCAAGGCCCACCCACGAUUCGUUCCCAGCUGACAGGCUAGUCACUUUCCCCACAUUGGCUGCUUGUGGCUCAGAAUGGACUCGACUGGCUCGCUCUACGAGCACGAUGCCGCGGACAUGAGGCGCUUCUUGCCUUCCUCAACUCCCCGUCAACCUCACCCUUACGCUCAGUCACAAUCUCAACCUCAGUCUUCAGUCUCCUACAACACCCAUCCGUACCUCGAAGAAUCCGUAGCUGGACCUGACGGCUUCGACUACUUUCUACACCAGUACCCUCCCCCACCAACACCAGUCAGUCCAGGUGCUGGCGCAACGAUCGGCUACCAUCGUCCUAUCAGGGCCAUGCCUCCGAGCUCACCCAUCGCGGCCGAAGACGAGGCCAAGGGGCCCUUUGAUGCUCCUUACUCGCCGGCUCACACCCUCGUCGGUAGCCCCCAGAUGAAGGAUCACCACAACACCAGCCCCUCAUAUCGCUUCUCCGACUCCAAGCGCUUCUCCAGUACAGGAAACGUUGACGGGCGCGUCCUGACAUACGGCGAGGCGCGACACCACCACAACCACUCUUCCUCAUUCGAUCACUCAAGCAGCAACGCAGAUGAGACUGGAGUUCAGCGGCAUCAGCAGGAUGCACAGCCUACCAUGCAGGCGGGCAACAAGAAGGGCAUGCGCUUUUGGCUCAUCAUGACCACACUCAUGGUCGUCAUGUUCCUCUCCGCUAUUGAUCUCACCAUCAUCAGCACGGCCUUGCCUACCAUCAUCGAAGAAUUGCCACGUAGCUCCAUUUCGGGUACGUGGGUCACCUCUUCCUUCCUCCUUACCGUCACGGCCUUUCAGCCUCUCAUGGGCGGUCUUGCCGACGUUCUUGGUCGUCGUAACUCGCUCCUCCUCUCCAUCUUCUUCUUCCUCGGCGGAUCCGUCAUCUGCGCUCUCGCAAAGGACAUGCUCAUUCUCGUCGUUGGCCGUGGCGUGCAGGGAGUCGGAGGCGGUGGAAUUCAGGCCAUCGUCGAGAUCAUCAUCUCCGACAUCACGACGCUGCGAGAAAGAGGUCUGUACAUGGGCGCAAUGGGUCUCGUAUUCGCUAUCUCGUCCCUCGUUGCUCCUAUCCUCGGCGGCGUCUUCAGCAAGCACGACUGGCGCUGGAUCUUUUGGCUCAACCUACCCAUCGGCGGCUUUGCCAGCAUCCUUUGCGUGCCCUUCCUCAAGCUCAGGCGUCCUCCCAUGGAUCUCAAGGCCCAGUUCCACCGCAUGGACAUCUUCGGAAACUUCGUCCUCUUCGGCAGUGUCGUUUCGAUCCUCAUCGCCGUCACCGAGGGAGGCAUCGAGCACCCGUGGAGCAGCACUCGCAUUUACGUGCCGCUUGUCGUCGGCAUCAUCGGCCUCAUUGCCUUCUUUCUCAUCGAAUUCCUGCCCAAUCCUCUGGCAAAGGACCCGAUUCUGCCACUGCGCCUCUUUGUUCACCCGACGGCCGCCAUCUCCUUCUUCCUCACUUUUCUGCACGGCAUCGUCUUUUACGGCGCUGUGUACGUGAUGCCCAUCUACUUUCAGUCGAUCAAGGAUGCGAGCCCUCUUCAGUCGGCUUUCGACAUCCUGCCCUCGACCUCGCCCGCAGCUCCAGCUGCUGUUGUCGCUGGUCUCAUCAUGGCCAUCACCGGCAAGUACAAGAUCCAGAUGAUCCUCUGGUGGAUGCUCAUGACCGUCGGGUUCGGCUUGAUCUACCUUUUCGACAUCGACACGCCCAAGUGGGAGUGGGUCAUAUUCCAGCUCAUUGCCGGAAUUGCCAUUGGAGCAAUCUUUGCCCUCACACUCCCUCCGAUCCAAGCCUGCCUCCCCGUAUCAGAGAUCGCCCAUGCGACGGCCACUUUCGCCUUCUCGCGCUCCUUCGGCAGCGUCUGGGGCAUUGCGAUCGCCACGGCCAUCUUCACCUCCAAGGUCUCGCCCAAGCUCGCUGCCAUCCCUGGAGCGAAGGAAGUUGGUCUCACAGGCCAGACGGCGCUCGGGUUCGCUACCGAACUCAAGAAGCUGCCGCCUGAGCUGCAAGCCGCCGUAAAGCCAGCCUUUGCUUCGGCGUUGCGCUCCUCCUUCCUCUUCUUCAUCCCUCUGUGCGCUGUGGGCGUCAUAGCAUGCUUCUUCAUGAAGGACGUUCCCCUGCCCGACUUCAAUGACAGCGAGCACGGCAUUCGCAACUCGAUGCCACCACCCGCUCGCAUGCCAUCACUCAGCAGGAGAAGGACGGGAGAAAAGUCGCAGGAAAAGAGCAGCAGCGCGACGCAGCAAGUCGUCCCCUCCUCCUCUGCCUCCACCAUGUCGCCUUCCCGUCAAGAUGGGGCUGAGCAGCAGAAUGACCGCCGACGCUCUCGUCCACCGCUACCAAAGCAGUUCUCGCACUUGGAACGCGAGUCAGACGCCCCCUCGCAGUUCCUCUCUUCGGACUCGAUGAGCCACCUGAUGCGUCAUGACCAACAGCAGCCCACGAGCACAACCUUGGCGUCGCCUACUCUGCAGCAAACGGGUCGACUCACUCCUCGCAUCCACAUGACACUGGAUGGCGAAUCAGGAGAUGGAGGCCUGGAGCGCAUGGGUAGCCACCUCAAUACGUCGUCCGACUGGUUUGCCAUUGGGAGCGAUCUGGGCUCGCGGGAUGCGACGCUGACUGGGCGAGGGGGCAUCGAUCAGGCAAGGCAUUGAGGCGCAUAGGCGCAGAUACCAUGAGCGAGACUCUCGCGAUGAAACCAAGCACAGAAGAAUAGAGCGAGCGGCACCUACAACAUGAUAUCCUCAACAUCCUCACGCCUCCAAUCAAUAAAAGGCCCCGUCACCGCACGAGCCAUCAGCAUCACCGAGAAGCAAGAUGGGGUCACCACAUCCGACGAGCGUCCGGUUAGCUGAGCGGCGGCAUACACGAUCUACUGCUGCACUCUGCCUCGCGCCCCUCAUCUCGUCAUCUCACAACAGCGCACACACACACGUCUAUGCACCCCCUCACGCUCGCUACCUCACGGCUGGAGUCGCGUUGCGCCGCCACAUUCCUCCCGCAACAUUUGUUCUCUUCAUUUGGUCGCCGCUUUCCCUCUUUUCUCGCUUCCC